UAGAGAAAGGGUCUCAGUAACCCGAUAAAUUACUAAAGAAAUGCUUAGAUUAAGAUAACAUUGAUACGCUCUCUAAGUCACCUAGUGCGGUGACUUAUUGGUGAAGACAUGGAAAAACAACCGAGGUUAUUGGCAUCCCAACUCCUCCUGAAAAACAGCGUCUUCGAAGUAUUGUUAAACCGUGUGAUUCUGACAUGGAAAGAGAUUCCGGCCAAUAAAAAACGCGUUUCAGGCAGUAUACAUCACCCGUUCAAAGUCGGUUUCUGUUUUCCUAAGUUCCUGCACCGAGGCAAAGGAGAGUCAGCCAGCAGACCCAAGCAUUUGCUGGUGUACAUCAACCCUUAUGGGGGCAAGCAGCAAGGCAAGCGUAUUUAUGAGCAGAAAGUCGCGCCUCUCUUCGCCUCCAUCUCCACGGACGUGAUUGUUACAGAGCAUGCCAAUCAUGCCAGGGACCACUUGAGGACAGAGGCGGAGUUAAAGCAAUAUGAUGGAGUGGUGUGUGUGGGCGGGGACGGCAUGUUCAGCGAGAUAGUUCAUGGCCUGGUCUUUCGAGCACAGAAGGAUAACGGAGUGGACCAGAACAGCCCGGAGGAGAAGCUAGUACCCUGUACUCUCCGCAUCGGCAUUAUACCCGCAGGUUCGACGGACUGCAUCUGCUAUGCAACUGUCGGCAUCAACGACCCUGUGACCUCAGCCUUACACAUCAUAGUGGGAGACUCCCAGCCAAUGGACGUGUGCUCGGUCCAUCACAACAACACAUUCCUGAGGUACUCAGUCUCCCUGCUUGGAUACGGUUUCUACGGCGACGUGCUGGCAGACAGCGUGAGGAAACGAUGGAUGGGACCAGCCAGAUGUGACUUUUCCGGUUUUAAGACUUUUCUGACACAUCACCACUAUGAAGGGGUUGUGUCUUUUCUACCAGCAACUGACACACUGGGAACACCAGGAGACCAGACCAGGUGUAGAGCUGGGUGCUUCAUAUGCCAGCACGACGGGCAGCUGUAUCCAGAGGAUUCCCCAGAGAAAUGCAAGACUGCUCCAGAUGUCUCAGACAGUGAAAAAGAAGGGGGGUGGGGGGUGAUCAGAGGGAAGUUCCUGGCCAUCAACGCGGCCAGUAUGAGCUGUGCCUGUCCCCGUAGCCCCAAGGGCCUGUCCCCCGCCGCCCACCUCGCUGACGGCACCACCGACCUCAUCCUUGUACGCAAGUGCUCCCGAUUCAACUUCCUGCGCCACCUGCUACGCCACACCAGCAAAGACGACCAGUUUGACAUGACCUUUGUAGAGGUGCACCGUGUGCGGCGCUUCCGCUUCACGCCACGCCAGAACGACUCAGAGCUAGACCUGAGGGAGAACGGCAAGCAGCUCUUCAGCCAGAUCUGCCACCCUGCCUAUAGCAGCUGGAACUGUGACGGCGAGAUCCUCCCCCACGCUGCCAUUGAAGUCGGAGUCCACUGCCAGUUGAUCAAGCUGUUUGCGCGAGGGAUCGAAGAGCAGUCUUUGUUUGAGGACCUCGCCCACCCGUGUGCACUAUAGAUCCCCCUCC